GUUCCCCAACUCCUAGCACUAGAACUAGCAGCUUAUAGGCACUUGGUACUGCUAAGUGUUUGCUUGAAUUAAUGAUGUUCAGGGGCUUCCUUGGUGGUCCAGUAGUUAAGACUCUGCUUCCCCUGCAGGGCAUGCAGGUUUGAUCCCUGGUUGGUGAACUAAUAUCCUGAAUGCCACCAGGAGUAGCAAAAAAAAAAAAAAAAAUUAUGUUCAAAAUAAACUUUUUUAAAAGCACUAGAUCCCAAAAGGUUGUCUGAGUGAUCAGAGAUUAGAAUUUACAGUCAUAGAAUGUCAGAAAUGGAAGGAAUCUUAGAAAUCAUCUACUCCUAUUUUUUUCAUUUUCAGAUGAAGAAACUAAGAACUAAGAGAGAGGUGACGAGCUAAGAGAAGGAAAGUCAUUCACUUGAAAUCACACACCAAUUUGGAAACAGAGUCGUGAAUAAAUACACUGUUCAUCAGAUGUUUAGUGACUCUCCAGCACGUAUCCAAAAUGGAAGGGAAUACACUGCACCCCUCACACCUCAUUGGUGCUCCCUUAAUGUAAGCUGGAUAAUUCUAAGACGGACUUGAGGAGCUUGGAGACCCCUCACCACCACUGUGGCUCUAACGUGUAAGUUCUUCCCUCCCUUCGCAAAGGACCCCUCAAGCUUUUGCGAACAGUGCUGGGUAACUUGAUGGGGCGGGUAGUCAGAGGUCCCGUAGAAAAGGCUGUGGAAGCCAUAGAUCCUUUCCCUCUCUAAAACGGGACACCGGCAAACACAAUAGUUUGCACGUAGUUUCAGGAUAUCCUGUCCCACCUGACGACCUGCUCUGGAACUUAAAAGGCAGGGGUGGGUUUGCGGGUGAGAGAAAAAAGCGGGAGGGAAAAGCAGAGCAACACUCCAGGACCUGUUUCCCUUCCCAAGCGCACAUUCCUCUGCCCCAGUCCCGCUCCCGCCGCCUCCACUGCCAGCGGAGGCCCUGGUCUCCCGUUCCAACUAUUCCAACCAUCCUAGGAAGGGUGGGGCGCUCGGCUCUUGGGUCCCCCUGGGCUGCCCCUCCUUCUCCAGCAUCGGUCUCCCCUUCUGCCCCGGUCCCUCCCUUUCUGGGGUCGGGCCAGCCAAUGGGCGACGAGACUCCUGGGUUUGGCCUGGGAUUCGGGGAACUCACCGAUCCCCCGCCCCACAGUUCUGGCCACCAUCCCGGUGCGCACGGACGUGGCUCGAGUUUCCUCCGCGCUCUCUUUCGCUCUUCCUCUUCUCCGGGUCUCCCGCUCCCGCUUCAGCUCCACCCGGCCGGCCCCGCACGGCUCCGGGCAGCCAUGGAGGACACCCAGCUCCACAUCAUCGAGCAGCCGCUUUCCGGGUACCCCGACGCCGGGGACCAGGGGUCCUCCACUAUGGGGGCUCCGGCGGCCGAGGAGCCGUCGGGGGCCGGCUCUGAGGAGCUGAUCAAAUCAGACCAGGUGAACGGCGUGCUGGUGCUCAGCCUUCUGGACAAAAUCAUCGGCGCCGUCGACCAGAUCCAGCUGACCCAAGCGCAGCUGGAGGAGCGGCAGGCGGAGAUGGAGGGGGCCGUGCAGAGCAUCCAAGGUGAGCUGAGCAAGCUGGGCAAGGCGCACGCUACCACGAGCAACACCGUGAGCAAGCUGCUGGAGAAGGUGCGCAAGGUCAGCGUCAACGUGAAGACCGUGCGCGGCAGCCUGGAGCGCCAGGCCGGCCAGAUCAAGAAGCUGGAGGUCAACGAGGCCGAGCUGCUGCGGCGCCGCAACUUUAAAGUCAUGAUCUACCAGGAUGAAGUGAAACUGCCGGCCAAAGUGAGCAUAGGCAAGUCGCUGAAAGAGUCGGAGACGCUGCCCGAGAAGGAGGGCGACGAGCUGGCCGAGGGCGAGAGGCCGGAGGAGGACGCGGCGGCGCUCGAGCUGUCGUCGGACGAGGCGGUGGAGGUGGAGGAAGUCAUCGAGGAGUCGCGCGCCGAGCGCAUCAAGCGCAGCGGCCUGCGGCGCGUGGACGACUUCAAGAAGGCCUUCUCCAAGGAGAAGAUGGAGAAGACCAAAGUGCGCACGCGCGAAAACCUGGAGCGGACCCGCCUCAAGACAAAGGAGAACCUGGAGAAGACGCGGCACACCCUGGAGAAGCGCAUGAACAAGUUGGGCACGCGCCUGGUCCCUGCCGAGCGCCGCGAGAAGCUCAAGACCUCGCGAGACAAGCUGCGUAAGUCCUUCACGCCCGACCACGUGGUCUACGCGCGCUCCAAGACCGCGGUCUACAAGGUGCCUCCCUUCACGUUCCACGUCAAGAAGAUCCGCGAGGGCCAGGUGGAGGUGCUGAAGGCCACGGAGAUGGUGGAGGUGGGCGCCGAGGAGGAGGAGGGCGGCGCGGAGCGCGGCGAGGCGGCAGACCUGCUGCGCGGGAGCAGCCCCGACGUGCACACGCUGCUGGAGAUCACGGAGGAGUCGGACGCCGUGCUGGUGGACAAGAGCGACAGCGACUGAGCCGGGCGCGGGGCUGUGCCCGGAAGACCGCGCCGCCCCGCCUCUCCCCGCCCCCGCCCCGAUUCCUUUCCCUCCACGAACUUUCUCUUUCGCAUUCUCUCUCUCUCUCCCUCUCUCUCUCUCCGCCCCAAACGGGCUGAGAUGUUUCUAAAUUGAGAACACCUCCCCACAACGAGCACCCCCUCCAAGUCUUACAGCUAUUAAGACGAGGGGGAGGCAGCCUGCACCAUGGACAGCCCCACUGUAGGCGUAGGCUGGGUGGAAAUGCAGAGGGCGGUGAUUCGUGUCCUGGUGAUCCAAGUCGGGAAUCCUAGAGGAAAUUGCUGUCGUUUCCGUGAUUAGGCCCAGGCUUGGGGCAGGCUGCCUUCUCCCCGCCCCCAACCCCUACACACGCACAUUUACCCGGCUGCUGUCAUUCCUGUUCACUGAGCUCUUCUUUCUCAUCCUGAUCUCUAGCGGCUUCAAAGCCAAAAUUACCAUGAAAGGGAAGAGUGCAUCCUGAAGAGGCCCCUUGCCCACACGGGAGACCCCACACUGGAAGGAUUUGAAAGCAGCUUUUGGGAGUAUCUAGGGCCGUGCGGGAGAGAGGGCAGAGUAAGCCAUGACCCUACAUGAGGGUCUAGCACAGGCUGUAUCUGCAAAAGUUCCCAGUAAGGAAGGCUGGAUCUAGGCAGAGUGCUGGGGGAGGGAGGGAGGGCACUUCAUGUUUAUGCAUCUGCACACAGGAGCACAUGGCUAUGGCUCUGAAGAAAAACGGAAAAUAGUAGAAGGUGGAAAUGGGCGAAAAGAGAAUGCUCAUUAGUAGCAGGAGAAACACAGGACAAGGAUCCCAUCUUACUGGGGUUCACAGAGGACAGCAGGCAGGACAAUUUUUCAGAACUACUAGGGAGGGCAGUGUGAGAAAUCCAUCAUCCAAGAAGAGAGCGGUAAGCUUUACCCCUUAUCUGUACUGGUUGUGGUGCCCCCAGGGGCAGCCCAUUUCUCAUAGCCCAGAAUAUUAGGGUCCCAGAAGAGGGCAGCACCAGGCUCCAGAGAGCUGGUAUUAUAGUUAGGAGGGAGGCUGAUGGGAAAGAGACCAGAUGCUAAAGGCCAGGCCACCAAAUUGAGAGCAGGAGGGGAGGAGAGGAGAGUAAGGAAUUCCUGUGUGUAGGGCAGCCCAGCCUUGGCUCACUCCUGGCAGUUUCUUCUCAAGAUCCUUCCAUAGAGCUAGUAUCAUAAAGCUGUAGAACAUGCCAAGACCUCCUUAGCCUUGUGGGUUCCUCUCCUGAAUCUUUGGGGUGAGGGGUGCUGCUUCCAGUUCAAAGGCCUGACUGCUGAUCAGGUUCUUCUCAGGACACUUCAGUCUGUUCUUCCCCCAUAAAGAGGACUUGUCAGAAGCAAGGACACCCCCCUCACCCCCAACUCACAGCCCACAGAGGAGAGCUGAAGGCUCCCUCCUCCCCUCACAUCCUCUGCCUUAUCUUCCCUGCUCUGCAUUUUAGAAAAUUGCAGCUAAUUGUUUUAAGGGGUGGCGGGAGGGAGUCUGGGGACACACCUUUUAUACAACACAAAGCUUUGCUUCCCCCUGCUCCCCAACCCUUGGUUCCCUUCUCUCUUCCAAAUGGUUGGAGACACAUCAGCUGAAGUAGGAUGGGGAUUGUGGGACGAGGUUCCUUGGUGCUGAUGGGCUGAAGGGGCCUGAGUUGUGGGCAGAUACAGUUUCCUGUGGGCUCUGGGGAGCCUCUCAUGUUGCUGUGUCCUGGUGAGCAGCCCGACCAAUAAACCUGCUUUUCUAAAAGGA